CGCGACGAUACGGUCUGCGUGUCUGUUUUCACAAUUUGUCAGACAAGCCAUGUCCAAAUCGCAACCGCUGCCCCCGAAAGAGCAGACGCUGUUCAAGCGCGUUCUGAAAUGCUACGAGCAGAAGCAGUACAAGAAUGGGCUCAAGUUUGCCAAGCAGAUUUUGUCGAAUCCAAAACAGUCGGAACAUGGAGAAACGUUAGCGAUGAAGGGUCUGAUGCUGAAUGCAAUGGGAAAGAGAGAGGAGGGUUUUGAUCAUGUGAGACGGGGACUGAAGAGUGACAUCAAGAGUCAUGUUUGUUGGCACGUCUAUGGACUGCUUCAACGUUCAGAGAAGAAAUUUGAUGAGGCAAUCAAGUGUUAUAGGAAUGCUCUAAAAUUGGAGCCAGAGAACAUCCAAAUUAUGAGGGACUUGUCACUUCUUCAAGUGCAGAUGCGUGACCUAGAGGGAUAUAGGGAAACUCGUUAUCAACUUCUUCAACAGAGGCCAGCUCAGCGACAGUCUUGGAUUGGCUAUGCAAUGUCCUACCACCUGCUCAAGGAGUACAGCAUGGCACUUUCAAUCACAGAGCAGUUUCGAGAGUCCCAAAUGGAGACCAUGCGGUAUGAAAAAAGUGAACUGCUGCUAUAUGAGAACAUGUUAUUGGUUGAAAGCGGACGACUUCAGGCAGCAUUUGAUCAUCUUGAAAAGUUUGAAUCCCAGAUUGUUGACAAAGUUUCUUAUUUGGAAACAAAAGGUGAUCUUUUGAUUUCUCUUGGUCGGAAUAAUGAGGCAACUCUUGUCUACAAACAACUGCUUGAGAGAAAUCCUGAGAAUGUAAUGUAUUUCAAGCGACUUGAAGAAGCGCAUAAACCAAAAACUGUUGAUGAUCAACUGGCUAUAUACUGUGAUAUAUUCGAUCGAUUUAGCUAUGUGUCUGUCGCACGGCGCCUUCCAUUAACAUUUCUUACUGGUGAGAAAUUUCAAUCAUUCUUGGAUGCAUAUAUGAGACGGAUGUUGACAAAAGGUGCAGCUCCUCUAUUUACACUACUCAAGUGCCUUUACUCAGAUCUGGAAAAGGUACAGGUAAUAGAACAAACUGCAUUAGGAUACUUGGAGUCACUUCAUAGUUGUAUGAAGUUUGACCCGACGGAUUCCGAAGAAAGUAUCCAACCGCCAACAACAGAGUUGUGGACGCUCCACUUGUUGGCUCAGCACUGUUGUUACUUGGAUCAGUCAGAAAGGGCAUUAGAAUUUAUUGAUAGAGCAUUGGACCACACUCCAACGCUUAUAGAACUUUAUAUGGUCAAAGCCAAGAUUUACAAGAAAGCUGGAGAUUGCCGGAAAGCUGCCGAGUGCCUGAACGAUGGCCGCAUGUUAGAUACUGCAGACAGAUAUAUCAAUUGCAAAUGUGCGAAGUAUAUGCUGCAGUCAGAUCAAGUAGAACGAGCAGAAGAGCUCUGCAGCAUGUUUACAAGGGAAGGUGCAUCUGCUUCUGACACUUUGAAUGAAAUGCAGUGUAUUUGGUUUGAAAGAGAAAGUGCAUUGAGCUACCGUCGACAGGGAUCAUGGGGCAAGGCUCUACAGAAAUGUCAUGAGAUCGAACGGCAUUUUAUGGAGAUUUUUGAUGAUCAAUUUGAUUUCCACACGUACUGCAUGCGGAAGAUGACUCUUAGAGCAUAUGUAGAGUUAUUGCAAGUAGAAGACAAGCUACGAAGCCAUCCUUUCUACUUUCAAGCGGCUAAACUGGCUAUAGAAAUUUACAUUCGACUUUAUGAUCAACCACUGGUAAGACAAAACAAAGAGGCUGAUAAAUUAGGUGAAAUGAGUGAGCAAGAGCGAAAGAAAAUGCUCAGUAAGCAACGGAAAGCUCAAAAGAAGGCAGCACAGAAACAACAGCAGUUACAAUCUGGUCAGGACAAAGACACUGGAAAGAGAGAUACUAAGGAAAGGGAUUCAAAACAAACUGAUAAUGAAAAAAAGGAGACGGGAAAGGAUCUGUUGCUGGUACCAGAAGAGUUGGAGUCGACUAAACAACCUCUUGAGGAAGCGCUGAAGUUUCUGAAACCGCUGCAGACCUUGGCUAGUAGUCGAGUAGAGACUCACUUACUGGCUUAUCAGAUCUUCUGUCGAAAAAGAAAAUUUUUGCUAAUGCUGCAGUCGGUGAAACGGGCUGCUGCAAUUGAUAGGAAUCAUCAUGAACUCCAUGAGCACAUAGUAGAUUUAAUGCUAGCUGUGGCUAGUGCUGAGGGUUUAUCAAGACCUGUAUCGGCUAUACUUCACUCAACUCUUCCAGCACUACUGGAUGCACCAAACGUUGAGGAAUUUAAUCGGCAAUUUCUUCACAAUAAUGCCAAAUCGCUUCCCCAUCUGCUGUCUGGUUGUAAGGUAUUGUACAAACUUAAACCUGAGAAUCGAGAUGAGGCUAUAAGACUAGUAACUGACUUAUCAGAUGAACUUACAGAUCGAAACGUGAAGUGGUGUUCAGCAGUGUUAGAAUCUCUUCAAGGAGGAAACUUUGGCAACAUACCAGAAGUAGCAGAGCAGUACAAACAAGACUGUCACAAGCUAUUUCGUUUCGCUACCGCGUUUGCGCCACCUAAAGUCGAAACCGAGGACAAAGAAGAUCCUAACUCCGAUGCCAGUCACACAGAAGCAGCCGCAUUGAACGCAAGCAAACCGUCCGGAAAGAACGACACUGUCGACCCUCCAGAAAACGAGGGUUUACAGCAGUAGGUAUCGCUAGCGAUGAUUGAAGGGUUUUUACGAGUCGUGAGAGUUCUCGACACACCUCUAGGGGAGUGUAAGUACCAGGGAUGAGGUGCCUUGUUGGAUGUAGGUACCGCGUACUUUGUUAUUAUGUUUCGAAUUAUACCAUUCAGAUUACAAAUUAUGCUGCAACACUUCAUUACUGUUCGAUUGUUAUAUUUAGUUAGUAGUCA